AUGCACUCAGAAGAGCAAAAAUAUGAUCAGAAAAAUAUUCGUCGCCGUGUUUAUGAUGCUCUAAAUGUAUUAUUAGCUAUGAAUAUAAUCUGUAAACGGAAGAAGGUUAGAUAUCGAUUGGGUUGGUUUACCGGAAGAGAGGGUUCGUUUUUAGUUUCGCAUUGCAAGAAAGAAACUAUACAAGAACUUGUAGUUCAACUUGUCGCUUAUAAGAGUCUUGUGUGGAAAAAUCGUGAAAUGGAGAGGCUUAAUACACGUCCACCAGAAAACUCCGUUCUGUAUCUCCCCUUUGUUAUUAUAAAUACUUCCAAAGGUACAACUGUCGAUUGUGCUGUGUCUGGGGACAGAUCGGAAUUCCUCUUCCAGUUCGAUCAGACGUUCGAAGUAUAUGACGAUUUUGAGGUACGGUGUAUCCUUUCCAUUGUGAUGACUCACCUGUGUGUAUUUUUGGCUAACUUGAUAUUCGCAAAACUUGGACUCUGGGCCGGAUCGAACCACGAUUUCCUUUUCCUGCUGCUCGCGCAUUACACACUGCGUCACCGAGAUUUCGACUACGGCCUCACCUUAACUGAGGUUCAAUGUCAAUUUGUGCUUCCCGGAUCAAUCCCGCUGGCGGGUGAUUCCUGA